UGUCCAAGUCGAGUGAUAAGUCUUUUUUUUUUUCGAGUGAAGAAAUCAAAUUAUGACUCGACUCCAGGUGAUGCGACCGGAGUCUGCAACUUUGCAAAUCACUUUGUGACAUGAUUCUGUUAACAGCUGCUGAGCCCCUGGUGAAAAGCCUUCGUCUCCAUGGUAACGCUGUAAUGUGCCUAGCUGCAGAUGACAAGUACAUCAUCUCUGGGAGUAAAGACUGCACUGUGGCUGUCUAUGACCGCAGGGCGGGCAAGGGCUUAAAGAAACUUCGGCUGAGCUCUUACCUGCUGUCCAUGAGCUACAGUGGCUGUGAAGUUUGGGCAGGAGACAACAGCGGCAUGCUCCACUCCUUUUCCAUGCAGGCGGGGAGCUUAAAACCUCUGUCCCAGUUUGAUGUGGGACACACAGCACUGGUCACUGGCAUCCACAGGUCCCCUGGAAGCCUCUACACCUGUUCAUCUGAUCGCACUGUUAAGGUACAUAUCCCCUGUGCCCCUCCGAGGACGUUAUGCACACUGAAUCACCAAGCUGGAGUCAACGGGCUGAGUGUGGAGGCUGGAGUCCUCGCUGUGGCCUCAGGAGACGCGUCUGUGGAAAUCUGGAGACCCAGAAAAUGAAAGUGCAAGACCUGUAAACUAUGUGGCAACACUUGAAGGCAGGUAGUGACGAGACCUGAAGCCUAUCAACACCGUGCUGGUCUUUUAGCAUUUUGGAAUUUAAAACAAAUAUAUAAUGCCAAAAAAGAAACAGCUUCUUUUGCGUUGCAGGCUGGCUAUAUUAAGACAGAUGGAGACAAGCAGGUAGGACUGCAAAUAUAGACAGUUGAGUCCUGUAUGGUACAUAUGGCCAAACAAAUGAUUUUGUUUUGCCGCACUGCCAAACACAAAUGUUGUUGGAAAUAUUCACUACCAUUUGUUUAAUUUAGUUGAUAUUCAUUUUUUAUUCUUUCUUCUUGUGUUUAUAUGGUUUAAUACUGGAGGUAAGGUUGGAAAGGUGUAUUCAGAUCAACCUUUAUUUUAAUUUAUUGUUUGACGCUAAGAGAUUUCUCUACAGACGAAAAAACAAAAACCUGAACACAUGAAGAAAUGUCUUUGUCAGUAAAUCAAUGUUUGUCUCAAGCACAUAAUUACCAUUUUGUGCCAGUACUCAAACAUUUCAAAGACAUGGUGUUUGUCUUUUGUGUUUUUUAGAUGUUGUGUGUUUAAACCAGUGUGUAGUGUUAACAUGCUCCCAAAUUGAUGAAUCCGUUAGAAUAACUGACAUUAUACCAAACACAGUUACUUGUCAUGUACAGUGAAAUACUUGUAACCGAGUCCCCUGUGACACACUGAUUGUAUUUGCAAAGAUAUUUAUUUGAAAACACUCCUCAGUGCUAAUCAGUAUAAUCUUUUUGUAUGUAUGUCUGCCGUGUGUGUGUGUGUGUGUGUGUGUGUGUGUGUGUGUGUGUGUGUGAGUAAGUUUAAAAAAAACUAUGUAAUUGCCUGGAUUAAUCCAACUAUUAAUCAUUUGCACAAUACUUGAUGGAUGCAUUCAUUAAAACACACUGAAAGACUAUUUCAGCAGAAGAUGCCAUCAAAUGGCCUGAGAUCUGGAGUCUGAGUUAUGGCUCGAUGUGUGUGUGAGAAGUCACGGUGGAACAGCUUCGUGCUGGAUGUUUGUACAAAACAGCUAUUAAAGUUUCAAAUUGUUUACUCGAGUCUUUAGUCUGGUUCCCCCGUGUAGUUCCUUACUGUUGGAGGAUAGAGAUUAAAUAUUUUU